ACUCUAUACAAGUUACUCACUUGAAAAAAGUCGUUAAAGUCAGAAUUGAUACACCCCCUUAGGGUUGUGUUAUUCUCUCCUCCAUUUCGAGUCGCUCCUCACCUUCUUCCAUCUCGAUUACAGCGGCUCCUCCUCUCCAGCGGACAAUUUCAGCGGCUCCUCCUCUCCAACGGUCUUAGUGCCGUGUCUCAGUCCUCUCCAACGGGACAAUUUCCGGCGGCAGAUCUUCUCUCCUUUCCAACGGGGAUUUGAGGAGAGAGUAGCAAUGCUCAAGGGCUCCAAGGGCAAGUGUGAGUCUCCAUCUCACAAGCUCUUGAAGGAAAAAACAAAGACACGAUUGGAAGACCUUCAAGGGAUGCUCACCAAUGUUCAGGCUGCCAAGAAAGAGAGUGGAACUGAUGACAUUGUAUUCUUGGUGGAACAAGCGAAUCAGAUGGUUCGGGAGUGGAGGGCCGAACUCAAUGAGCCGUCCCCAGCAUCUUCUCUACUGGGUGGUAGCCUUGGAUCAUUUUGCGAGGAGGAGUUAGCUCGGGUCUUGAAACACUUAGAUGAGGAAGAUGAUGCAACAAGUCCGUUAAAGCAACUGCCACCAUCUAUGCCAGAAUCCGAUCUUCUAAACAUUCAUUCGAGUAAUAUGUUGGCAUUUAAAGAGGAAUUUUUUGUUUCUAAGGAACCUGAAGAAGAUAUAUUUCAAGGAUUUGACCAAUGCUACACUGCUUCCAAUUUGCAGAAUACAAUGGUUGAUAACUCAGAUUUAACUACUCAAUUAAAAUAUCAUCACUUUGAUUUUCAUGAAGACUUAGAUGAAGGGCUUUUCAUUGAGGGCAACAAUAUCACGCAGUCUGAAGAGGAUGUUGUGCCAAAUGUUCUGCCAGAUAUAUGUCCUCCAGUAUCUGCUUUCUUGGGGCCAAAAUGUGCUUUUUGGGAGUGUUCCAGGCCCGCAUCAAAUAGGUGCCAGAACUAUUGCAGUAGUGGUCAUGCUCUUUUGGCACUAAAUGAAGGUCUUCUUGGAAGGCCUCCAAUUUUGCGACCUGGAGGCAUUGCUUUGAAGGAUAGUUCACUUUUUGCCGCACUUAAUGCUAAGACACAGGGGAAGGAUGUGGGAAUCCCCAAUUGUGAAGGGGCUGCUACUCUAAAAUGUCCAUGGAAUGCUCCUGAGCUAUUUGAUCUUUCCUUUCUUGAUGGUGAAACCAUUAGGGAGUGGCUUUUUUUUGGUAAGCCUAGAAGGGCCUUUGAGAGUGGAAAUAGAAAGCAGAGGUCAUUGCCAGACUAUAAUGGGCGUGGUUGGCAUGAAUCAAGAAAGCAGGUUAUGAAGGAAUUUGGGGGGCAGAAAAGGUCCUAUUAUAUGGACCCACAGCCUUCAAGCGAUAGAGAGUGGCAUUUGUUUGAAUAUGAGGUCAACAACUCAGAUGCCUGUGCACUAUAUAGGUUGGAGCUCAAGUUUGGCAGUGCAAAGAAAAGUUCCAAAGGAAAAGUAUCAAGUGAUCCGCUUGCUGAUCUGCAGAAGAAGAUGGGAAGGCUCACUGCUGAGGUUCCUACAGAUGAUGCAAGCACUGUUAAGGGGAAAGCUAGCACAAAGGCUGAUGCUGGAAAUAUUUUUUCUUCUCAUAAUCAGACAACGUCAACUACCUAAACCCUGAUGUUUUGGAAAUGUACAUUUUGCUGAAAUUCAAAUUACUACAUUCACGAGUGUUGUGGUUCAUACAAUCAUAUCGCCACAAAUAUGACCGACUGUUAUGGUACUUAGUUGGGAAAACUUGCCUGCAUGUAAGAAGAAUCUAACAUUCUAGUUUGUCGAGUUUCCACUGUGUAUUGACGUAUUGUUUGUGUUAUUCUACCUUUUUUGGGUGAUGAGCGGACCUAGUGUCUUGAUGCUGUCAAGUUCUCCCGCGCUAUGCUAGAUGGUUGCAAUCUGCCUCAACUUCACUUCUGAAAGAUCUUAACCAUCGGGGUAAGGUCGACAAUGAUGCCAAUAAUUUAUUGAAGUGUACAGCCUGCUGAAAUUACAGUAAAUUUGUGAUAAUGUACAUAAAUGCUUUUUCCUUCUGUGUUUAAUGAUGGUUGUAUUGUGAGGUUUUAGUUUUUAUUUA